GACACGCCGCCACUAGACCUAGCCAGUUUUCCUUCUCUGACGAACUCCGAUCACCUUCCCCCGCAGCAAGCUCCGGCGACUCCCUCUGUCCCGGCGAAGUCCAGCAGCGACGGGAAGGGCGAUGUCGCGAGGCCAGUCGACGUCUAAGAAUGGUCAGCGGCGGGAGACCUCCAUCUUUGGUGGAGAAUUUCCGAUCAGACAGAGGGGUGGUGGUGGUGAUCUCCACCGGCGAGAAGGGGGGGAGUGGCCUCCAUC